AUGCCUCUGCGAAAAAAGCUCAAAGCUCGCUCCGUAUCUCCAGGCAAACGAUCAGCAUCUGGGUCGACUUCACCCACGAAAGAAGUCGAUGACGAGUUCGAGAAUGUAGUUGCACCUGCGAGCAUGGAAAUCGACCUCGAUGAGGCUAGAAAGGUCAUCAAUGAAUUUAGGUCCUCGUGCCUCAAUAGAGCAACAUCAUGUGCUGUUUCGGGCGAAGGAGAGUCGUGGUGUCCAGGUCCCCCCAUUGGUCCCGGCGUUCAGGCUUGCCAUAUCAUCCCUCAGCACCAUUACCAUAUAUAUCCCGUUGCUGGCGGGGACGCAGAUGACGAUGUACCUCUUGAAGCGAGUAAUCGCAGGCUGAAAGAAGCAUGGCAAAGCACAUGGAGCCCGAGGAACGGCAUCCUACUCAUGAAGCACCUUCAUGACUUUUUCGACGCACGACUCUUUUCCAUACAUCCUCGCACACUCCGCAUCCGAGUUUUUGUCCCAUAUAAUGCUCUGACGAGAUUCAACGGCCAAAGAGCUUCAGUACCUAAUACCAUCGAUCGAAAGGCCCUACGCCAUCACUACGAAAUGUCAUGCAUUGAAAAUAUGGCUGCUGAACGACCAAUCCUAGAUGUAAUCUCACCUACAGCAAGUAGGAUGACUUCAGGCAUGGCGACGCCGCUUACCGCGAAAACUGACUUGCCUGCAACGCCGACCUCGGGAGAUCCAGGCAAUGGGAGGGUAGGCGACCCGACUAAGAAAUCGCGACCGAACUAUCCCGACCAAAGCCAACAAAAAAACGCUUCGAUGCCGGGGGACUUGCUGCACACACUUAAUAUAGUAGAGUUGGUGGAUGAGCGAGGGCAGAAACACAAGGGACUGGAUGACGACGAGACUUGUUCGCUGGAUGAGUGGCUAGAGCAGUAUGCGGCGGAUCGUUUCAUUACAUCCGACAAUAGUGAGGAGUUCCUGAAAGACGUUAACUGGGAACUACGUAAGUUCAAGAAGAGACGUCAACUCAUUAGUUAA